AUGAAUUCUACGACGAGCCCCCAGCCGAGCUGCACUGCCAAGGGAAACGAUGUGAUAAUAACGUUCCCCUUCCCGGAGACAUUCCCCUGCCCCUUCUGCAACGUAGGGGUGCCGUCCAACUGGAUCCGGUCGGCCGUGUACCAACGGCGCGAGGACCUUGGGAAGCAUUUGCGCAUCCACCACCCCGGCGCAAACAGGAAGUGGGUCUGCGGGGUGUGUUCCUUCACGGACGACAGUGUCUAUGCACUGAAGAAAGUGAGGAAGCACCACGCAGACUCACAUAAAGGUAGUGCAGUGCCUCGUGCCGCUGGGGCGCGGCCGUCGAUUAGCGCAAGUAGUAGGAGUAACAAUAAGGACGGCGGCAGUGCAGCCCCCGCUGAGGGUGAACCAGCCGAGAAGCGACCCCAACCCGACGCGGCGCCAGCCGAGACGACCCAGAGGCCCUCUCCGGCCCCGUUGGAAACGGCAGGGACCACCAUGCCUGGAGGCGCGCUGACGCGCGCCGCUAAAACUGCCCUAACCAACUCCCGGACCACCGUGGCUGCCAAACCCAAGACUGCGCCGAAGACGAAACCUACAAUUACUUCAUCGGUGACGGGGAGAAACUUACUGACGAGCUGGGCCGUGAAAUCGACAGCGACAAAGAAGAGUGGGACGCCGUCCAGCCCCGCCGAUGGACGACCUCCAUCCACGGGGAGUCCCGCCACCCCGCCGACCGUGGAUCACACCACCCCACCAGCGGGGACCGGCGCCGCUAAGAGGAUUAGCGGCGGGCCAGCGUCAAUGAGGAGGCCAAGCGGAGGGGUAACCUCCACCUUAACCCCCCCACUAAAGGUAAAAGAGAAGGAGAAGAGCCCGGGGCUGAAGAGAAGGAGUACCCGGGCCACAACGGAGCCUCCUCAACCUGGCCCGCCCCAACGGACCAUCACCGCUGCAAGGAAGGUGACCCCCGCCGUCACGUAUGCAGAAGUUACCAGGGGCACGUCGACCGCCACCACAACAAUGACCACCAGGAGAAUGGCACGGGCAACCUCCCUCCCGCCCGUGCCGAAGCAAGUGGAAGCCGGGGGCGCGUCCACCACCCAAGCGCCCCCCAUCAGGACAGUGGCGGCGACGUGUACCUUUGCGACGGCGGGGACUCUGACCCUGACGACGACCUCGGUAUGUAGUAAACCAGUGGCCGUUGUCACGGUCGCCACAAGGAGGAGCGGGGGGGGGGGGGGAACCUCGCCGAGGGGGCUCAAGACGAGGAUUCAGGAAGAUACGGUGCUCCUGGAGUCCGCGCCGACGACCAGGGCGCGGGCUGCCAGGGCAACCACGGAGCCCCCUCGGACCCCCCCCCCCCCAGAACAAGACAACAAACGAAGCAGAGGAGGAGCCCACCACCACCCAUGGGCUCCGCGACGGUGA